AUAUAGGUUAUCCUCGUUGGAAAUGGCCGCUGAUGACUGCCCGUGGCUCCGUCUCACAUGCGCCGGUCACUUACUUCACACAUCCCCACCGUCAUCCAGGAUAAGACAGCGCUAAGGCUUUCACAAUGCUCGUCGAGUAGGCGGGGAAUAUUGCACAUCUGGUGUUUAAUCAAACUGGUCUUACAACGAGCCAAUGAUGUAGCGGUUGUGACGUGGAAACCAGAGUAAAUAACAACAUCAAAGUCACAUGGAUUCGCCGGCCGCAGGUCCCCACAUGUCCCUCAAGCUAUAUUUAUAUAGUAGCUGAGACCAUAUGAACGUGUGUGACGUCUACAAUAGACAGAACGAGUGUAAAUCCGCUACAAAACCAUCAAAACCCACAAUAAGCUGCAACAUGGGAUCAGGGAGGAAGAAAAUAGCUUUGGAUACCAUGUAUGAAGGCUUCCCUGGAAACGGUUUGGUUGCCACGUAACCAUGUAGAUACGCGAAGCUGUAAACGUCUAAAUGGCUUAUGAGGAUACACUCAACUGUACAGCUAGUGUGUGUCCCACACAAGAUGGCCUCGAGGUUAUUGUGGGGCCAUCCAGUCAAGUCCUCCAACAUCCAAAGUCAUCGCUACAUUUGGUCAUAGCCCUUUGUAUUCUGUUCUCCUCAGUUGUUGCUGUGUCCAUGUGUUUAUAUUGGGGGAGAGGAAGGUUUAUGCGGAUUCUAACGAAAAGGAAAAUGUCUCGUAGUGAAAAUCGUGAGAUGAUUAAUUUCGUUGUUCCUAACAUAAGAGUAACCGAAGUGUAUGUUACAAGACCAUCGGGAAAAAAAUUUCACAAGAACUUUGCGAAGGAGAAAUCUCCCGCCAACAGGCUUACGACUGUGAGCUCCCUGUCCGUUGAUGGUGCCUUGUCAGACACAUCCCUCAAUGCGUAUGUAAGUGACGAAGAUCGAGAACAUACGCAGGCCAGACACUCUCACACAUACACACGGAGUCUCAGCAGAAGUCACGGGGACCUCUUGGAUGGUUCAGACACCCUCAGUGUUACUGCCAGCUGGGAAGACACUGGUCGCCGCUACACCAUGGAACGAUUCGACAUCAGGCCCAGUGAACUCAACACAGCACAAUACACGCAAAGUGCAUGUUCUCUCGAUUCUUCGGCGAGCGUCUCCUCCUGCGAGCUUGGAAAGAUCUGCUUUUCCGUUGCUUACAAUGACCGCACGGAAGUACUGACUGUAAUCAUCAAGAAAGUGGUGAAUCUUUCUCCCAGGCCAGCCCGAGUUUUCGCGGACCCUUACGUCAAAUUGACUCUCCUUCCUGAUAAGACCCUAAAAUAUGUCACCACUGUCCACCAACGCACACUAGAACCUGUCUUCUGUCAAACGUUUCUUUUUCCUGUGAAGAGAGACGAACUGGAGAGCAAAGCUCUCAAAUUGACAGUGUGUGACCAUCUUAAGUUCUUCCGGCGUAAUGUCCUCGGCUACACGGUGUACGCUUUAAGAGAGCUAGGCUACCCGCUUGUGUUCGGGACACACUAUGAAAUCUGGAGGUCACUAACUGAGGAUUUGCCGUUCAAAGGGACUGCUAGCUCUCAGGGUGAAAUUCUGGUUGGAAUAAAGCUGGAUCAGCUUUGCCAUGCGUUUACCGUAUCAGUGCUUCAAGUGAAAGACAUUCUGGUCUCGGACGACGAGAGAGAACAUGGUGGUAUCAGAGUCAAGGUGACUAUAAUGGUUGGACAGCAGGUCGUAAAGACCAAGAUAAGCAAGCAGAGGAAAUACCCAAAGGAGAAUCUAGUAGCGUUUAACCAGAAUAUCAGGGUGCGAAUGCCUCAGCUGUACGACUGUAUCAACAGGCUCAAUGUCUCCGUGUCUGUAUUUGUUGAUCACACCUUCUUUAAGAGCCGCCUGAUCGGACGGACAUGUAUUGGACCAUACUCGUAUGCGUCUGAUUCUGGAUUAAGACACUGGAUCAACAUGCUAACUUCCCCUUCAGAACCAAAUAUUAUGUGGCACAAACUGACGUAAGGGGGCGUUGUGUAUGAAUGGAAUGGAACGGACGGUUGCUGGAUCCAGUGAUCAUGUUGUUCGCUUAUGUAUAAUUGUGCUCUGGUUUUGGUAUGACUGCUUUCGUGCUAAUAUUAGUCAUUUUUGUUAAUCAUUUAAUAUUUUCUGUACAUUUAUAUGCUUGAUAUGAAUGUGAAAUGCGACUGUUAAAUUGCACCUGUUUAUCACAUCUUCGAGGGUGUUCAGGUAACUGUUUGGCUAAAUUCAUGUUAACAUUGGAUGUUACACGUAUCAAAUUAUGUGCCACACGAGAAAUUGACGAAAAUAGUUAAGAAAGUCUCUCCAUUUCGUCCUAUACUCACAUUGCAUAGGGUGGUGCCACAUACCAGGACUAGUGUCGACGGGAUACUACGGAAAAUUCAUUGAAAUAUGUGAAUAUUUCUUUUAUAUAUAAAGAUUUUAUUUGUCAUUUAAUCAGAGUUAUCAGAUACAUGUAUAAAGGAUUAACAGAAUGUCUACCCCAUGAAACAGAUAUUGACCUACGAUUUCCUGAGUGACGUGCAAAGACUUUAAUUUUAUAUACAGUGUAUAUAGUUAAUCUUGUGGAGUGCAAUAAAUCUGUGAUAUGUUUUUGUUAAAGAGAGGAAUUUUUCCUGUGAUGCGUGGAUUUCUUAAAAUGUACACCGCACGAGAACUGUUUGUGCAAGUGAACCGAUAUACUAUGACUAUUACAGGGGGAAUAAAUUAGUUUGGUGCCUAAGUAAUUCUUUCUCGUGAGAUAAUGUGAUUUUUCAUCUAUCACGCCUAUCACGUCAAAAGGAAUGCUUUCGGCUACAGAGGCACAGUGCUAUCUGCCUCUGUCAGAUACACCUGUUUCAGUACCUGAAUGAUAUAUCAAAGGAUUCACAGUAUAUCGAGAAUUGACGACAGACGUUUAUGUGAAAUGUAAUUGAGAUUAAUCACUUAAGUCGGGCAACGUCGUAUUUUUUUCCCCAAGAAAACAAACAUUCUCGCAGAUAGAUAGAUAGGUAAGGUUGUUGAUUUUAUAUUAAAACCGUAUGUGGCCAUCUUUCUCACAUUCUCGUACUUGCCCCAAACCGAUAAAAUCGAUCCAUAUUCGCAUGACAUCGUCAGAUUCAGUCUAUAUCAGGAUGCCAACGCGACAUUCUGACAACAUUCCCAAAAUUCUCAAAAGAGAUUCUGACGACAACCGGAUAAGAGCUGGGGAUUCGAUAGAGAUUUAGUCGUUAACGCGAAAUUAGUUGAAAUCAGUUCAUAUUUGGUUUUAUAGAGCGCACCAUUUUAAUCUCGUGAGAAUGUCGCACUGUUAUCCGAUUUUCGUCUCUUAUAGUUUGGCAUUGUCAUCCAGGUGUUCGUCUUCCUGACCUCUCGUCAGAAUGUCGCUCUGUUUUCCGCGUCUCGUGUCAUAUAAUUUGGCAUUGUCGCCUAAGUGUUCCUCUUCUUGUGUUCUCGUUAGAAUGUCGUACUGUUUUCGUAUUCUCGUCUCCUAUCGUUUGGCAUUGUCGUCCAGAUGUUCCUCUUCCUGAGCUCUCGUCAGAAUGUCGCAGUUUUCCUAUUCUCGUCUAUAGUUUGGCAUUGUCGUCCAGGUGUUCCUCUUCCUGAGCUCUCGUCAGAAUGUCGCAGUUUUCCUAUUCUCGUCUAUAGUUUGGCAUUGUCGUCCAGAUGUUCCUCUUCCUGAGCUCUCGUCAGAAUGUCGCAGUUUUCCUAUUCUCGUCUAUAGUUUGGCAUUGUCGUCCAGAUGUUCCUCUUCCUGAGCUCUCGUCGGAAUGUCGCAGUUUUCCUAUUCUCGUCUAUAGUUUGGCAUUGCCGUCUAAGUGUUCCUCUUCUUGUGUUCUCGUCAGAAUGUCGCACUGUUUUCCGAGUCUCGUGUCCUGUAGUUCUUGUCCGAAUGUGACACUGCUUUCCUAUUCUCGUGUCCUAUAGUUUGGCAUUGUUGUUCAAGUGUUGCUCUUUAUGAGUUGAGUUCCCAUUUUCGCUUGUAGAAUCAGAUCCAGGAAAUGAUCGAGGAAUCAAAAUUCCAACCAGGACGUGAGAUUCAGGCAACGACACGAUAUUCAGGCCAUGACACGAGAUCGGCAAGAGAUUUUAGUGUCUGCUAUAUCGUCAGAAUGUUGUGUUUUCAUGCUAAUCUCGAAAAAAAUCUCGCCCUGUCGUUAAUUAAUAAGUACAGCUGUACAUGGUUUGGGGAAAGUAUGUUGGACAGAGCAUGUAUAUUUUCGCAUCCGUCUUGCAUGCUUUUCAAAAAGUAUUUUCAAGUUUCUUUUCUCAACUGCAUGAUAUCAGUUUAGCUAAUUCUCCGGGGCAUAGAAAAGGUAAAUCUUACUAUAAGGCCUUCAUUCCGUUCAUAUAAUGUACUGUACUGCAAAUACAACACUCUUUUGAUGACGCAUCUUAUAUAUGGACCAGCUCAAUACGUUAUCUCCUCUCAUCAUAAAUUAGACUGUUAAUUCAAGAGAUCUAUUUUUCGAUGGUAAUCGAGAAGAUCAAGAAUUUGCUUGAUCCCGGAUUUGAAGAUUGUACCUUAUCAGAAUACAAUGCCAACAAGGACUCUUCAAACAAGCAACUUUAUCAGUUUACCUCGAUCAUCUAUCAACCGAGUAGAGGAUUUCGAAGAAAUAAUCUUUCCUCGCAAGAUUUUUCUUACUGCAGACUCGGUGCCUCACUCUAUAUGUGGAUGAUAUCUUCACGGAAGCAGGUGUUCUUCUUCCAGUUGAGUUAUUUAGUUCAUUUCUGUAUUAAAGGAUGUUCUGCUGAUAUUCCACAGGUGGUCAAGGAGUAUACUGAGACCGGUUAAUUGUUGUAUAUUCAAAUAUAUUUCACCCAUGA